UGAACCUUGAACGAAAUUGAAGGAAGUUAUGUUUCACUGUUACCUAAAUUAGGGAAUAAUGUUCCUUGUGCUCAGUUUUAUAGAUAAGAAAAUGAUGAUACCAUUACGCAAUUAAAGAAAAUCAAAUAUAUAUAACUUUGUUGGUACGUGAGAGAGGGCCGAACUGUGGGUUUUUUUCCUGCAGUAUCAGUGGCGUGGACUUUUUUUUUUUUGCCGAAAUUGAGAAUUGAGUUUGAGAUCCAGGAAACCAAAAAAAGUCAAAUCAUCCGACCAGAACACUACCAGAAUCAUCGUAUAACAUGCACGGAGCAUAAAGGUUGGAUAUUUUGAUCAGGUUUAGUUGAAGAUAGAAAAAAAAGAAAGACUUUUUAAAGUCUUGGUUCACUCAAGGUGAAUGGUUGGCGGUGGAAAUGGAGAGGGAGCUCCACCCUCGACGGCGGCAGAGAGCGUUUUCAACGGCGGGGAAGCUGUGGGGUAUAGCCCCGGUCCCAUGACUCUGCUUUCUAACUUGUUGGGCAACGGCGAUGAAUAUAAGUCGUUCUCGGAGUUCCUCGCGGGCGCUAUGAUGGACCCCACCCCUCCUCGGUUUUUUCCCGAUUCACCUUCUCAAGGACACUUUGGAAUGACACAGCAGCAAAUGCUAGCACACAUCACAUCCCACUCCAAUGUGAAAAUUCAAGCUGAAGAUCCAUACUCAUUGACACAGGUUUCUACAACUAUUUCCACCACUGCACAGCACCUGAUACCACAACCCAAUGAUGAUGGCUACAACUGGAGGAAGUAUGGGCAGAAACAUGUAAAGGGUAGUGACUUCUCUCGAAGUUAUUACAAAUGCACACAUCCAAAUUGUCCUGUUAAGAAAAAGCUUGAGCGAUCUCUUGAGGGUCAUGUAACUGCAAUUAUCUACAAAGGAGAGCACAACCAUCAACGUAAAGGCACUCUAACAUCAACUGAGAAGAAUUCAGAUAAGUUGAAAGAAGAGAUGAGUUCUCACUCAGAAUCUGGAACCAGUGACAGUGAGGAAGUAGGUGACAAUGAAACUGAAAUGGAUGAGAAAAAUGAUGAACCUGAUCCAAAGAGGAGAAACACCGAAGCCAGACUCCAGGAUCCAGCCUCUUUGCAUAGAGCUGUGGCAGAGCCUAGAAUCAUUGUGCAAACAACAAGUGAAGUGGAUCUCUUGGAUGAUGGAUAUAGGUGGCGCAAAUAUGGGCAGAAAGUUGUCAAGGGCAAUCCCUAUCCAAGGAGCUAUUACAAGUGUACAACCUCAGGUUGCAAUGUUCGGAAGCAUGUUGAGAGGGCUUCAACGGAUCCUAAAGCUGUAAUAACAACAUAUGAAGGAAAACAUAAUCAUGAUGUACCAGCAGCUAAGACUAACAGUCACACACUUGCCAAUAAUAGUUCAACACAGCCGAAAAUACAAAAUGCCAUGCCUGAUGAGAAGAUGCAUAGUUUCAGGGGCAAUGAGCAGCGACCUGUGGCAAGUCUAAGACUAAAGGAAGAGAAGAUAACAUAGAUUUCUUCCUUUCUUAAGUUAUUGUAUCUUUUCUCAUAAUUCCACAAAACACUAUGUUAAACUCAUACACUAUAGUUAUAUAUAAAAAAA